CGUUGAUUAAUGAUUCGUUAGCCGGUAAAACUUGAAGCUCGAAGUUCAUGGUGGACCCCAUGUACGUUGUUCAUAAUCGACUCGGUCUGACAGUCAUGGCGAGGGUGAUGCUGACAAAGAGCCUUUGCUGGUUAUCCACAACUGCCUGACCUACAUUCAACCUGCGUUCAAGCGUUACCACCAUGCUCUCUUCAUUCGGAAAGAAUCAUGCUCGUGUUCUUCAUCGACUUGUUGGGUUUCAACACGCAAAAAUCGAAUGCCCAAUUUACAGGCCCCACGCACGUUCCCGAUUCCCAGAUCCUUUGUCGAGUAAUCGCAGGCCUGGAGACUUGAACUCCCUCACUACAGUCAGAGACGUCCUCAACACAUUGGCUGUCCAAAUUUCGGCAUCUGUCCCUCAACCCCCCCACACACAACUCAAGUCCUCAUCCUCAAGGAGUCGUCAAAAUGAAAUCGAGCUCCGUCCUCUUCCCGAUCUCAGACUCCCCUCCAACGUCUCGAACCUUGACAUUAACAUUAAACUGAAUGGGAUCGCCGACUAUCAGCAAAUGGCUGACCAUUAUCUCACUCGCAAUUCCACGGGAAGCGGGUUCUGGCUUUCGUUGUCGUUCCUCACUAGUCCAGGCUUUUUUGCUCUUCUUGGUAACUAUCAGAAACAACCAGAUGACGGUACUGAGGGCUGGGUUGAACGAUAUCUGGUCUACUCGGCAGACAGGGUCUUGCUCCUGGUCAUCCUGGAGAUCCUGGAUGUGUGGCAUAAGGAGCCAAACAUAUCUCAAACUGAUUUCCAGGUGAUGAUGGAGAUCUUGCAGAAUCUAUCACUGACCUCCCAAAGGUUCAGAAAUUGCUUCCAGCCAGACCUACGAUUCCUCUACAAAGACGAGACCAUGUCAUCCAUGGGUGCUAAAAGUACUGGAAUAUCCACAAAAAGCUACAAAAACCCUACCCAAAAUGGAGCCAAAACAAAAGACACCUAUCUCAGUGACUUGGUGGAUGGUAAAGCUAAGUUGACAGAUCAUGUUCAGGGAUGGAUGGCUGAAACUCAUCUUUUGGUGGCGCAGGUUUGUCUUAAUCUCACAUUGAACAAUUCAACUGAAUAUCCUUUUCAGAUGUACAACUAUGCUGUGAACACCACCACUGGGCUCAGUUUUUUUACCUCAGUGUUUGGUUUCACGAGAAUUGGCUCUGCAAAACAGGAUGCCUUUUACCUGAGUGAGAACCUUGCCAAAUACACAGCUGAUUCAGAGGAACUUCGGAGGUCUGAAAAGACUUAUUCACCUUUUGUUCAUGAACUUCAUCGAUUUCUACUCUAUUCCCUCAUCACAGCAAAACCACAGGUCCUACCACCCUCCAAGAGGGAAGGUGUGGUUACUGUUUCUCAUCCAAAUUCAGCCCCACCUGGGUUUUCUCAUCAAGCACAUAUCAAGGUGUCUCACUCGGUGGUUGGUUUGUGUCCCAGGAUUAUGAGGUUCAUGUCACGGUUCACAGUUUCCUCCAUUGGUGGAAGCUUUAAAAAUCUGGAUGAUGGAUUCCUUUCUUGCCAGCUCAGUUUGCAAUUACCUUGUCCUACACCACGGUCAGCAACAUGUGUGAGCAUUCAUCCACAGCUAGGCCUGGUGCUCAAGGGAUUCUAUGAGGAGGAGAUGUUUAAACGAGAGUACAAAGCCUACACAAUCAUGGAGAACAAGAUUCCUGGGGUUCCCAAGUUCUAUGGCGCGUUUUGGAACACGUGGUCUGAGAUGUAUUGGAUUGCUGUAGAGUUUGUAGGUCAUACAUUGGACCAGGAAAAUAUUGGCACCCUAAAUAUGGUUGAUUGGCAAGCUUUUAAUUACCUUUUUCCUUUGCUGUUUCACAGAUAACAUCUUAUAGGCUUCAAGUGCGAGAGAUCAUCUCAGACCUCCAUCAAGCAAACAUUCAUCACCAUGACUUGUAUUUCAACAACGUGGCACGCAGAAAGGAUGGGAAAUUAUAUAUUAUUGACUUUGGUAAUGUUGACUUGGAAUUUGAUUGUACUGGCAAAGGUUGCCCCGAUCAACAAUGGUUGUACUCAGUGCACCCAUCCAACUCGCUGAGUGAGACGGCAGUUGAGCACAAGCCAUCAAGCAUGAAUGAAGUUGCCUAGCCUUAGUGUCCCCUUUUUCCUCCUGUCUUUCACUCCCAGUUUCCUUGCCUUGUACUUACUAUGGUUGGCCUUUUCCUUCCAAACCCAAUUCUGUUCUUCUUGCUUUCAUUUUUCCUUGAAAACGCGUC